AUGCGCGGGUCUCUCACCCUCCUUCUCGCUCUUUCAGCCUCUUACACAACAGUCACUGCUCUCCCCAAACCCAGAAUUCAACCUCGCGAUGACGCAGGCAAGCCGAAGUACUCAGUCGUUCCUCUAGAGCCAGGCGAUGAUGAUCCCGCCUCGGGCGGUGCAGGAAGCGGAGAUGGAAAUGGAAGCAGCGGCAGUGAGGACGGAGAUGGAGAUGGCGUCGUGACUGUUAUCCGAACAGUAGUCCAGACACCGAAGCCAGUCACUCAAGUCAUCACGCGAACGGGGAAUCCUAGUAUUGUCACAGCCCCUGGAAAGACCGUGACAAAGGCUGUUCCCACUACUGUCGCUGUCAUCAACAUAUCCGAUGAUCCUGCUGUUACUCAGACCGUCACCGUUCCUCGUUCUAGUGCUUCCAAGCCCAAGGCGACAGAAGAGCCCUCAGCCACACAAGAACCUGAGACCACCGAAGGCGAAGCGAAACCAACAGCUCAGGAGCCAUCUGAUUCUUCGAGCUCUGCUCCCGCUCCAGGGGCCACCUCUCAACCAGAGCCUCAGCCGAAGCCUCAGCCGAAGCCUCAACCCAACCCUCAACCUGAACCUCAGCCAGAGCCGGAGCCAUCUACCAGUAUUGCGUCUGCUGAGAGCAUUGAGACAUCGUCGACUACAAGCGACAUUCAGACUUUCCCAGCUGUAGUGACCGUCACUCUCCGCUUCCCCACGAGCGAAAGCUCCCCUACAGACUCGGAACCAGCCUCGCUUGCCACCCAAGAUGCAGAGGCUCCUGAAAAUACUUCGUCGCCCUCGUCUGACUCCUUAGUGGCGUCUAUGCCACCGCAAGAGACCUUUGUUCAGGACCCUGCUGGCAAUAACGGCGAGACCUGGUCUUCAGCCACACUACCCUACUACGCCCCAGUCGCACCCACGACUCUUCUCACAUCCUUCACCACCUCCACAACUUCUUCGGAUGUUGAACACAUAACCCCUGAGCCAGUCCCAUCUUCAAAAAUACCCGAUGAUGGUCUAUGGCGCACUACUUACCCGCCCUGGAGCGAUGAUCUGGCUGUCUGA